AUGACAGUAAGCAGUUCGGCAGCAGAACCUCGAAUCUGCGCUCGCGCAGGUUGUCGGCCGCGUCGCCCCCACCGAAUGCGACUCCUGCCAGCGAGCAGCUGGCCCGUAUACUACCUGCGUGGUAGUUACAGGCCAGCUGCUCGACUCGUGCGCCAACUGCCACUAUGGCAGUGA